AUGGCUUCCAAAGCCAUGUGGGAGGUCGACCCCGAGACGAAAUCCAAGUCCAUGCUAAUCAUCUGCCUCCUCCUCCUCCAGCUCCUUGCAAUCCAGAAAACGAACAACAAUAACAACUGCUGCGACUGCAAUGCCCCCAACCCGCAAUGGGCGUCGCCCAAAUUUGGCGUCUUCAUCUGCCUCUCCUGCGCCGGCGUGCACCGCGGCCUCGGCGUCCACAUCUCCUUCGUACGUUCCGUCACCAUGGACGCCUUCAAGCAGGCCGAGAUCGAGCGCAUGCGCCUCGGCGGCAACGACGGCUGGCGCUCCUUCUUCGAGAACCACGACGACACCAAGAUGAUGGGGCUCUCCUGGGACGACGCCACCAUUGCCGAACGGUACAGCGGUCAGGUUGGCGAAGAGUGGAAGGAGAGGCUUAGUGCCAAGGUUGAGGGCCGCGAGUACGUCCCCGGCGAGAGAAAGAGCACACCCCAGCCCGCUGCUGCGAGCAAGCCGCCGCCCAAGCAGAUCAGCAGGACCGGCACGCCAAUGCAGGGCGUUGCGACGAGUGGGAGCCGCACCGCGAGCCCGAACCCACCUGGCGCCGCCGGUAAGGUCAAGGUCGAUGACAAGUAUUUUGCAAAGUUGGGCGCCGACAACGCCUCACGACCGGACGGCCUGCCACCAAGCCAGGGUGGCAAAUACGGUGGCUUUGGUAACACUCCUGCGCCUACGGGCAACGAGGGACAGGCUGCCGUCCCGAACUGGGACGAGGUGCAGAAGGACCCCAUGGCUGCGCUGACCAAGGGCUUCGGGUGGUUUGCCAGCACGGUUAGCAAGACAGCGAAGACGGUCAACAGUGAUUUCAUACAACCAACGGCUAAGCAGAUCUCGGAAUCCGACUUCGCUGCCCAAGCCAAAAUCGCUGCAGGAAACGUUGGGCGGGUGGCCCAGUCAGGGGCCAAGAACGCCCAGGAGGGCUUCAACCGCUUUGUGGAGGGCCCAGAUGGACAGAGACAACGCUCUGGCAACAUUGACGAGAGCAAGAAAGCCUUCUGGGAUGACUUCUCCAGCGUGGCGGACCAGAGACACGGGUCAGGCCCCAAGUACAGCUCAAUCGGCACGUCUGCUAUGGGCGCCAACAAAGGGCCUGGUGGUGGAGCGGCAGGAAAGAAGGACGACGAGUGGGACGACUGGUAA